AUGACUAUCAACACUAUCCUGUUCGACUGCGACAACACGCUCGUCCUCUCCGAGGAGCUUGCGUUCGAGGGCUGCGCCGACUUGCUCAACGAGAUCUGCGAGGCAAAGGGCGUGUCGCCAUUGCCCAACUUUACGGGUCCGACGCUCAUCACCGAGUUUGUCGGCCAAAACUUCCGCGGCAUGCUCACGUCGCUGCAGUCGCGCUACGGAUUCCCGCUGACGGCUGACGAGACCAACUCGUAUGUGCUGCGCGAAGAGGAGGUUGUGAUUGCCAAGCUGCGCCAGGCUCUGAAGCCGUGCGUCGGCGUGGAGCCGCAGCUGGAGGCGCUCAAGGCGGAGAACAAACAGCUGCUGGCGGUUGUCUCGUCGUCGGCGCUGCGGCGCGUCAAGGCGAGUCUCGAGGUCGUGAAAUUUGACCGAUUCUUUGCGCCCGACCACGUGUACUCGGCGGCAACGAGCCUGCCGACACCGACGAGCAAGCCGGACCCGGCCAUCUACCUGCAUGCACUCAAGGAGCUGGGCAAGACGGCCAGCGAGGCCGUGGCCGUCGAAGACAGCCGCAGCGGCACGCUGAGCGCGACGCGGGCAAAGAUUCCGACGAUUGGCUAUGUGGGCCCCUACGCAGCGGACAAGCGGACGGAGAUGGAGAAGGUUCUGCGCGACGCGGGUGCGCAGGUGAUUAUGCAGAGCUGGGACGAGUUCCCGGCGAAGCUGGAGGAGAUUUCCAAACUGUAG